AGAAGGCUUCUUCCCUUCAAGUGCUUCUUCUCUUCCUCUUCAACUUAGAGCUAGUCCUUCCAGGCCCAUAUAUAAUCGGCCAUCUACCCAAGUAGAUAUGAAAUUCAAGAACACUACAAUGAAGGUUGGAAUGGUAACACUACUGCCCAUGCCAGCCGAAGAUAUGAAUGGAACAAUGAUGUUGUCGGCCAAAGAAAAGGUAAAAUGGGGAAAGUGGGAUGUCGAUGGACUUGGGUCGGAAGAGCCCGGCAUUUUCUUGACAUGGGAGGAUCUUUGCGUGACGACUUCGAAUGGAAAAGCUGGUUGCCGAGGGAUCCUUCAAGGCCUCACAGGCUAUGCUCAGCCUGGAGAGGUUUUGGCCGUCAUGGGUCCUUCUGGUUGCGGCAAAUCUACAUUUCUCGAUGCAUUAGCAGGGAGAUUAGGCGCUAACACCCGGCAAUCAGGAGACAUCCUAAUCAAUGGCCGAAAGCAAACACUUGCAUUUGGGACCUCAGCUUAUGUAACCCAAGAUGAUACUCUUAUGACGACUCUGACGGUUAGAGAAGCCGUCUACUACUCAGCUCAGCUCCAACUUCCUGACUUGAUGCCCAAAUCCGAGAAGAAGCAGAGAGCGGAGACGACGAUAAAGGAGAUGGGAUUGCAAGAUGCCAUGAAUACGAGGAUUGGAGGGUGGGUUACCAAAGGACUUAGUGGGGGACAGAAGAGAAGGGUCAGCAUUUGCAUAGAGAUGUUAAUGUGCCCGAAGCUCAUGUUCCUGGAUGAGCCGACGAGCGGGCUCGACAGCGCGGCGUCGUACCAUGUCAUGAGUCGGAUCGUGAGCCUUGCUAGACAAGGUGGGAGGACCAUCAUCGCGUCCAUCCAUCAGCCUAGCAGCGAAGUGUUCGAGCUCUUCAACAAUCUCUGCCUUCUCUCUGCUGGUAGAACAGUUUAUUUUGGCCCUGUUUCUUCGGCUAAUGAGUUUUUCGCAUUGAAUGGCUUUCCAUGCCCAUCUUUGAGGAACCCUUCUGAUCACUUCCUCAGAACAAUCAACAAAGACUUUGAUGAGGACAUUGAACAAGGCCCUGGUACAAAGUCGACUGCCGAAGUCAUCGAUGUCCUCGUGAAAUCAUACAAGUCAUCCCUCACUUGUAAACAAGUAUCUCAGCAGGUCACUGAGAUAUGCAAAAUGGAAGGAGGAGCUUUGGAGAAGAGAGGAAGCCAAUCAAGCCUCCUCAUGCAGUCUCUUGUCCUCACAAGAAGGUCCUUUGUGAACAAGAACAGGGAUUUGGGCUACUACUGGUUCCGUUUCAUGAUAUACAUUGUAAUGUGUAUCUGUCUUGGUGCUAUCUACUACGACAUUGGCGAUGAUUUUGGGUCUAUUCAGGCUAGAGGCUCAAUGCUUAUGUUUGUAGCUGCAUACAUGACUUUUAUAACACUUGGCGGAUUCCCUUCCUUUGUGGAGGACAUGAAGAUAUUUGAACGGGAAAGAUUGAACGGCCACUACGGAGUGGGCGCAUUUGUCAUCAGUAACACACUUUCUUCCAUUCCUUACUUGAUACUUGUAUCUUUGCUCCCUGGAUCCAUCGCUUACUUCCUGGUGGGCCUUCAGAGAGGAGUCGAUCAUUUUGUAUUCUUCACUCUCUUGUUAUUCGUGUGCAUGAUGUUGGUUGAAGGCCUGAUGAUGAUUGUUGCGAGCAUCGUCCCGGAUUUCCUAAUGGGCAUAAUAACAGGUGCUGGGAUCCAAGCAGUGAUGAUCUUGAACAGCGGCUUCUACCGGCUGCCACACGAUCUUCCACAGCUCUUCUGGAGAUAUCCAAUGCACUACAUUGCAUUCCACAAGUAUGCCAGCCAAGGAUUCUACAAGAAUGAAUUUAUGGGCCUGACAUUCCCUAACAACCAAGAAGGUGGGCCACCCUUUAUCACUGGGGAUGAGAUCUUGAGAAGCAUCUGGCAGGUUGAGAUGGGCUACUCCAAGUGGGUCGAUCUUGCUAUCUUGAUUGGGAUGGUGGUUUUAUAUAGGUUGAUAUUCUUGGGUAUUUUGAAGCUGACAGAGAAGGGAAAGCCCAUGACGAGAGUUGUGCUUGCAGUUACUCCUACGCAACCAAUGCAAGUGAUGGAGCAGCCCUUUACUCCCUCACGUUGAUGCAAUUUCUGUCUACCCUCAUUUAUGCAAUGCUUCUCUUCUGAUUCUCUAAUUCCGUGGACUGUAAAGUGAUAUUUUCAAUUUCUUACAAAGGAUUCAUUUUAGGAACGCCCCCUGCAGUAAUAUCAGAUUUCAAACAAAUAUUUAGGUUUGUAAUUGAGAAUAAAAUAAAUUGUUAGACUCUGCUGGCAGAAACCGAAGUUAAAGA